CUUGCUGCAGGGAGGAGCGUUGAGCAUCCGUCUGAGUGACUGUAUUCAAGAAGAGAACGGGCAUACACAGCACUUUUUUGACUUUCCAUUGCUUAUGUUCAAAACCUCUAUCUCAUCUACUGUAUUAGCAAGGGGUUUCAACGCGGAGCGUCCUAGCUAACAUCAUCUGUCUCAAGAAGGACGCAGGGUUUUCUGUUGCAUAGGGAAGUCGUAUCAUUUAUUUCCUGCGCCAAAAAAAUUGCAGACAUGGUCAAUACAACGAAACAUCGGCCUGUCAUACUGGAUGGUCAACAGCCUUUUGGCUAAACCUCACCGAGGUCUCUGAUGAGAGGAGUGUGAGCCAGGGAAAGCGUGCCGCAGAGCUGCCUCAGAUAAUGCUCUUUAUCCACAUGGCCUGGAGCUGCUGCUGAGGUAGGAACAGUCCAGUCCAGUCAGAAAGCCACGGAGAGGGGAGCUACAGAGAAGGAAGCCAUGUCCUACCACCAUCACAGGAACCCCAGCCAGAGCAGCCACCGCACCAUGAGCGCCGAGGAGAGGUGCUCCACGCCCGUCCACCACCACAAGACGUCCACGCCCACACACAAAAGCGCCUCGUCCUCCUCCUCGUACCAGCGCGACAGCCGCCAGGAGGCAGACAGCUGGGAAAUCAUUGAGGGGCUGAAAAUCGGUCAGAGCAACGUCCAGAGGCCAGAUAAGCACGAGGGCUUCAUGCUGAAGAAGCGAAAAUGGCCGCUGAAAGGCUGGCACAAGCGUUUUUUUGUCCUGGACAAUGGGAUGCUGAAGUACUCCAAGUCGCCCAUUGAUAUUCAGAAGGCCAAACUGCAUGGCUGCAUUGAUGUGGGUCUGUCAGUCAUGUCCAUUAAGAAGAAGGCCCGCCGCAUUGACUUGGACACAGAGGAGCAUAUAUACCACCUUAAAGUCAAGUCUCCAGACAUCUUUGACUCCUGGGUGGUCAAGCUGCGCCACCACCGUCUCUACCGGCAGAAUGAGAUUGUCCGCUCCCCCCGAGAUGCCACCAUAAGGACAUUCCCUCCCCCUGCCACCACAGAGUCCCCCAUCCCACACCCUCACCCCCACCCUCACCCUCAGCCAGCCCCCUCCCCCGCUGCAGGACAACAUGACGUAAAGGUGGGCCUCUCUUCCCUGGCAGUUACUUCGGCACAGUUGUUCUCUGCUGUGCAGCCCAAACCCACCACCCUUCCAUCAUGGCAGUCCCCCCCAGUCCCCAGUAGCAGUAGCAACCUGCCUGCCUCCUACAGUAACGGACAGAGCAAGGUGGCCGCAUGGCUCCAGGAGUCGGAGGAGAUGGACAAGUGUACAGAGGAGCUCGCCCGCUGCCAGUCCAGCCUGAUCGAGCUGAGCAAGUUACUGCAGAGCCUGGAGAUCUUACAGAGGACCCAGUCAGCGCCUAAUUUCACUGACAUGCAGAGCAAUUGUGUAGACAUGUCAAAGAAAGACAAGCGCAUGAACAGAAGAUGGAGAACAAAAAGUGUCGGCAAAGAUGCAAAAUUGCAGCUUCAGGUCCCGUCUCUCCCUGUGAGUGCCAGUAUGUCUCCAGUCCGCCUCCACUCCUCAAACCCCAACCUGAGUGCUGAGCUGGUGGACAUCCAGACCCCUGCCUCUCGCCUGGCUCCUGACAACAUAGAGUGUGGUGGCGACUACAUCAAACUACAGGAGGACUUCUGCCUCAUUGCGCAGAAAGUCCACUCUCUGCUAAAGUCUGCGUUCAACACGGUGGCCAUAGAGAAGGAGAAGAUCAAAACGGUUCUGUCAGACCAGGAUCAGUCAUCAGGGCAGUCUGUCCAGCUCAUCACCCUCAGGAAGUCUCUGUCACAGGCCCUGUCCCAAAACGCUGAGCUUAAAACCCGACUGGGCCGCAUCCAUUCUGAGUCGGUCCUGUCUGAACAAACAGUCAGUGUGAACAUCAUCCCCAGUCCUGACGAGGCUGGUGAGCAGAUGGGAAUCCCUCUGACUCAACAGACGUCCAAUGAGAGCAGGCUGUCCAUGUCAGAGUCUGUGUCGGAGUUCUUUGACGCCCAGGAAGUGCUUCUGUCUGCCAGCUCGUCGGAGAACGAGGCCUCAGACGAUGAGUCAUACGUCAGCGACGUGAGCGAUAACAUUUCAGAGGACAAUGCCAGUGUGACCGAUAACGUCUCCAGACAAAUGCCGAACGGAGACCUGGCUGGAAGUGCCUUCCGUAACGGGCGGCGCCCGUGCCUCCCCGCCCCCUCGCCGGACUGCAGCAACAUCAACCUGUGGAACAUCCUGAGGAACAACAUAGGGAAGGACCUGUCCAAGGUGUCCAUGCCCGUGGAGCUCAACGAGCCCCUCAAUACCCUGCAGCACAUGUGUGAGGAGCUGGAGUACACUGAGCUAUUGGACAGGGCUGCCGAUACGGAGGACCCCUACGAACGUAUGGCCAUUAUGGCAGCGUUCGUCAUCUCAGGAUACUCCUCCACGUACUACAGAGCGGGAAGCAAGCCAUUCAACCCUUUACUUGGAGAGACAUAUGAAUGUAUCCGCGAGGACAAGGGCAUGUGUUUUAUCGCUGAGCAGGUGAGCCACCAUCCACCAAUCUCAGCUUGUCACGCUGAUUCCAACAAGUUCACCUUCUGGCAAGAUGUCAGAUGGAAAAACAAAUUCUGGGGGAAAUCCAUGGAAAUCCUACCCAUUGGCACAGUCAGUGUUAUGCUUCCAAGCUUUGGUGAUCACUAUGAAUGGAACAAAGUCACCACCUGCGUGCACAACAUCCUAAGUGGCAGAAGGUGGAUCGAACACUACGGGGAGAUCACCAUCAGGAACACAAAAAGCAGUGCCUGUAUCUGCAAACUCACUUUCGUCAAGGGAAAUUACUGGAGUUCUAAUGUGAAUGAGGUUCAAGGGAUCGUGAUGGACCAAGAGGGGAAGGUAGUGCAUCGUCUGUUCGGAAAAUGGCACGAGGGCCUUUACUGUGGAGUCCCGCCCUCUGCCAAAUGCAUCUGGAGGACAGGCUCCAUGCCCACAGAUUACGAGCUGUAUUAUGGCUUCACCAGGUUUGCCAUUGAGCUCAAUGAGCUUUGCCCUGAGAUGCAAGAUCUGCUACCGCCCACAGAUGCCCGCUUCAGACCCGAUCAAAGGCACCUGGAGGAGGGCAAUGUGGAAAUGGCUGCCUCAGAGAAGCAGCGUAUCGAAGACCUGCAACGCACCAGAAGGAAGUGGCAAGAGGAGAACAACAUAAAGCACGAGCCGCGCUUCUUCAAGAAAGUGGUUGAUGCCAAUCAUAGGGAGCGCUGGGUCACUAACAACGCCUACUGGGAGCUUCGCAAAUCCCCCGGCUUCAUCAACAUGGAAAACCCUAAUCUAUGGUAGCAUAUGGAUCGCUAUGUAGACCAUAUCAUCAUCGCUGACAGAAGCUUUUUCCUAUGCACAAUACGGUUUUCAAAUGAAUAUCUCAUUGACAAGAUGACAGUGUGGAAGGAUACAAAAGACUUCAGAGCUGAGAGAUGCGUUGACCAACCGUCACCCUGUUUGGCGCUGCAGCCGACCAGUCACCCAUCCAAGUAUCCUCUUGGAUCCCCCUCAUUGAGCUUGCUGCAGAGGCUGGGUUGUCAGGGCAACAAUCUUACCACAUAGAUCUAUCCUAAGCUGUUUUGACUUCAGAGGAUGUCCUUGCCUUAAAAAGUCGCCAAUCCACACCACCCAUUUUAAAGCUUUUAGUGAAACCCACUUGAGUUCUGAAAGCAGUUUGAUUUAGACUAGUGUUUGGAUUAGGCCUUUGAUUACCUAUUACUGUAUGUAUCAUGCAUGUUUAGAGUUCAGCUUUCAUUGGCAUAUGCUAUAUAGACUAUAACAUUGUUGUAAAAACAAAAAUAAAAUAAAAAAAGUCUGAUAUUUUGCUAAAUAUCUUAAACUCAUAGAGUUUAGUGAAAAUGUAACUAUUAUACGAUAUUGGCAAGAUUGCUCUUAUUUUUGGAUUAGCCUUUUACCUUAGUUGAAUCUGUAUCAGAGCUGUAUUCUCUCUUGGUACACAUUUUUGUUUUUACAGUUCAUUUGUUUUAAUCACUGGUAUUGAUGGACAUUGCUGUAUACUCAGAGAUUUCCUCAGCAACUCCAAAAGACAAACCCCUUGAGCGGAGACUUUUAGUUCCAGUUUGCCUGGAAGAGGAACAUCAUUACGAGACCGGCCCAACUGCUGAUGCAUAAGCACUGACCUGAGAAACGACUUCCUUUUUGACCCUUCACCUCACUCACCACAACUGUUAUUGCAAACCACAUGUAUAAACAAUACUUUCUUGUAAUUAACUUUUACAUGUAUAGACAUUACUUAUUUCCCUUAUACAGCUCACAUUCAAACUAGUUUUAAUAGUUUAAGUUAAAAUAAAAGUUUAAAAAGUAAUUAUGAAUAUAAUUGUAAUGUUCUUUAAUUUCCUGUAAUACAAUUUCUCUGUGUUGUUGUUUGCAGUUUUGCCUGUAGUAUAACUUAAAGGACGUGUAAUACUAACACUCAGGACGUCUCAUGAUGAUCUGAAGACAUUCCUACCCAGAACAUUUGGCCUUGUGCCAUACCCUUCUGAGGAAUCUAUUUAAAACCUGGUCACUUAUCUGGAUACAUGGUUACACGACUCGUCAUUGAUUCAGUCCAUAUAUAGUGAGGGAGCCAGUGGGCUCGUCAAAUGUAUUUCCUUUUCACGUGAGUCCGGUCUCGCGUUGUUUUCUGACCAAGCCACUCUGAAAUGUCAGACAUAGUGAAAGUGGAGUGGAGUCCUCCUGUGGCAGUAUAGAGGUCAAUGUGUCCUCUACUGGGAACCACAUGACUCAUGACCAUUAGACCGUCACAACUACACCAGACUGACUACCCCCACUUAUACAAUUAGGGUAUUAUGAAACACUAGAGCCACCUACUGUCAGUUCUUUGAAAAUACUUGUAAAAUUAAUGUAUGUGGAAAUCUUAUGUAAAGAGGCCAAGGGCUUGAGUAAGUCAAACAACUUUUAUUAAGUUGUUUUAGAAUGUUCAGAACUUUAUGCUUUUGCAAAUCGUUAAACAUGGUAGAAUGUUGAUGUUAAAGCCAAAGACCAACAUUUUAAUAUGUAGAAAUAGAAACUAAUUCUUGUUCUAAAGUUUUAAUUAUGUAGUUACCACACAGCUAACGCUAUUAUAUUAUGAUAUUUUAAUAUCCUUUAAACACGUGUCCAGUUCCUAGAGUGUUUACUGCUAUGAUAUCCUUUACAAUGCACCAAUACAAUUUAAACAGUUAAUCUUUUACUGCCAAACAUUUCAGCUUUAAUGUAUAUUUGCUGUCCCCCUCCCUCUUUCACUGCGUGUACAAGUCAAUACACAAUGGUUAAAUGUGUUCAAUUACCACAGAAUCUGUAGAGCGAACAACAACAUUUUACAUUGGGAUUAUAUUUAUUUGUUCUUUGAAUUGUUUUGUCCAGAAAGAAGCCUGAAAUUGAAACAGGAAAAGUGGUUUUAUGUUAGAAAUAUGUAGAAUUGAAACGUUCAAUUGUAAAGUAAAACUAUUAUUUUGUGUGCAGUACCGCAGAUUAGAUCCAAAAAACGAUAGAUAUGACUGCAGUACCAUAUUGUAGCCAUGUGUUCAGAAAUCAAUUGUUUGUUAGCGUCAAUUCCACUUGCUGUGCCUUAAUACAUUUGAUUAACGCCUCUCACACACAAUAGUGAUAAGAAAGCCCAUACAAGCCAGAUAAGAAAACCAUUUAAAAUCCAAUAAACUACUUUCCCCACAGAGUAUUGUUCCCCACAGAGUAUUAUGUACUGAAUAAUGACGGUCAGGGAAUGAACAUGUUCUGAAUGUCACAUUCCACCACAGAGGGAAUGUAUUGUCGUCUGAAAUCUUGUUAAGAGGGAGAAUGGGCGACUGGUCACACUCGUAAUUGACAUUGCCCAUAAGUAAUCUAGAAAUUAUUAUUUUCUGUGCAGUCACCCCCACACAUUUGUGAUCAGUUAUUGUCAGUACACUACUGCACUGCACUACAUGUAAACAGCGGAAUAGUCCUAUCUCCUCUUUUGGAUUAGACUGAUGCAAAGACUUCACCAUCCACUUCAACACAAUACUUUGUUCAUAAGGACAUUUGAGGAUAAUGUACUCUGUAAAGUUGAAGAUUAAUACAUUGUUUUCAGAGAGACCUGUAGAAAAUAAAGAGACUUGUUUCAUCAGAGUAGGACAGUUAGACCUGAGUAAUUCACUGGUUGCAAUGUCUAUUAUAUCUGCAUGUUUAAAUGACAUAGCCUGCCAAUGAUUGUUGCAAAUGCCUUACGAAAGAUUUUAUUUUCUCAAUUGGGCUUUAUCUUUGAGUUUCAGACUGACAUGUACCACUACGCACUGUGUCAGCUGAGUUCUAUCUAUUUUCUAAUGGGUACCUUCUAAAGUGCAAUUGUGUAAGUACAUAUCUUUCCAUGAACACUGUACACUGCUGCUACAUAGUGCUUGUUCUAAUAAAAAGAAAUAAAACUCA